CAUUUGUUUCGUUUGCUAAUCUUUUGCUUUGUAAGUGUGUGUAUUUGUGUGUGGUGUGUGUAUAUGUGUGUGGUGUGUGUGCGUUGAAAAAUGUAUUCCCGAAUUAUUUUCAUCAUAAUUUCCAUCAUCGUUAGUAUGACAAAUGCCAUAGAUGAACAACCAAUAUCAUCAUCAACAUCAAAUAUCGAUCUAAGCGAUUGGGGUAUGAAUGAUGAUGAUGAUGUUGAUCCAAUUACCAAUAAUUUAAUUGAUCAAAUGUUGGAUGGUUUGAAGAAAAAUAGCCAAAUUGAAGAAUAUAAUUUACAUGAAGAAUAUGAAAUGGAUAUAGUGGAAACAUUCAUGUUUUCAUGGGAUCCAUGUUAUGGUAAAUGUAAAAUACGUUUAUCGAAUGCAACCGUAUAUGGUUUGGCCAAUAUGACUAGAUAUGGUAAUGGUAUUAUGACCAAUGAUGGUGAUGAUCUUGUAUUACGGUUUCGUUUACAAGCAUAUAAUCUUCGUAUGAAAGGUGUUAUGUCAUUGAAAUUGGUUGGCUAUAGUGUUACGGAUGCACCAUUCAUCAAUCAGGUUGGCUAUCAAAUACAAUUUAUUGAUUUAUCCAUUGGUAAAAAAAACAAGAUAAGCCUAAGAGAAUUACGUGUAGAACAAAUUGAAGAUAUACAGAUGGAAUUUACUAGAUUUCAGGAUUCAAAAAUAUUGAAAAAAUUCAGUGAUAUGAUUUCGAAAAAAAUGCUUGCCAUGAUGGAAGAUCAGAUGGCCGAAAUAUCAACACGGAUAUUUUUUCCAAUACUGGAAGGUGAACUUAAAUAUAUGGGCAAAGAUGAAGAAGAGAUUGCCGCUAUACAAGAAAAAGAACAAAAAUCAAAACAACAAAAUGUUUAACGCAUGAAUAUCAAUUGAUCCUGAAACAAAAUUUAUAAUAACCGAAUUAUAAUUUCGUGGAAAAAUUUUUUUUUCUAUAUUUCAAGGUUGCUUUUUUCCAUUCGCAUUUUUUCUCCAUCAAUAAAUCAUCAUCGUUUAUUAUUGUUA